AUGGUGCUGGAGUUGCCGGUGAACCCAUUAGUCAUUGAUGUGUCAUUGACAGUCAUCCCUCUCACCCUCUACCAGUCAUCCCUCUCACCCUUCUACCAGUCGUCCCUCUCACCCCUACCAGUCAUCCCUCUCACCCUCUACCAGUCGUCCCUCUCACCCUCUACCAGUCAUCCCUCUCACCCUCUACCAGUCGUCCCUCUCACCCUCUACCAGUCGUCCCUCUCACCCUCUACCAGUCGUCCCUCUCACCCUCUACCAGUCGUCCCUCUCACCCUCUACCAGUCGUCCCUCUCACCCUCUACCAGUCGUCCCUCUCACCCUCUACCAGUCGUCCCUCUCACCCUCUACCAGUCGUCCCUCUCACCCUCUACCAGUCGUCCCUCUCACCCUCUACCAGUCAUCCCUCUCACCCUCUACCAGUCGUCCCUCUCACCCUUCUACCAGUCAUCCCGCUCACCCUUCUACCAGUCGUCCCUCUCACCCUCUACCAGUCGUCCCUCUCACCUUCUACCAGUCAUCCCUCUCACCCUCUACCAGUCGUCCCUCUCACCCUCUACCAGUCAUCCCUCUCACCCUCUACCAGUCGUCCCUCUCACCCUUCUACCAGUCGUCCCUCUCACCUUCUACCAGUCAUCCCUCUCACCCUCUACCAGUCGUCCCUCUCACCCUCUACCAGUCGUCCCUCUCACCCUCUACCAGUCGUCCCUCUCACCCUCUACCAGUCAUCCCUCUCACCCUCUACCAGUCGUCCCUCUCACCCUUCUACCAGUCAUUCCGCUCACCCUUCUACCAGUCGUCCCUCUCACCUUCUACCAGUCGUCCCUCUCACCCUUCUACCAGUCGUCCCUCUCACCCUCUACCAGUCGUCCCUCUCACCCUCUACCAGUCGUCCCUCUCACCCUCUACCAGUCCCUCUCACCCUCUACCAGUCGUCCCUCUCACCCUCUACCAGUCGUCCCUCUCACCCUCUACCAGUCGUCCCUCUCACCCUCUACCAGUCGUCCCUCUCACACUCUACCAGUCGUCCCUCUCACCCUCUACUAG